AUGGGAGACGUUGGCGUCGUCGAUGAGGAGCUCCACCACCGUCGACGCGGUGAUGACACGUCAUCAGAUCAAUCGAGUCUUCCAUCGGAUAUUGUGCAGUUUAAAGCGAGACCACAUAUGUUAAUGGAUGAUGUCGAGUGCCUUCCGAUUGAGCCGACCGAAAAAGAUUGGAAUGACUAUCGUGAUAGGGUACAAGAAAACGCUGACCAUAUGGAGCUGUUGGGGGAUGACGAGUCGAGUGAUACAGAGGAUCAAAAUGAAAUUGACGAGGAAUAUGAUACAUAUUAUGCUGAUAUGAAGUCUUCGAGAAGAGAAACAACAAAAGAAUUUUUAACUCGUCAAUUCCAAAAUAUUGUCCAUUUCUUCGUGGAAGACUGGUUCAUCUCUGCAGCACUUGGAUUCAUCACUGCAAUCUUUUCCAUUUUCAUCGAUAUGGGUAUCGAAUAUCUUAUUCAUUUCCGUAACUUCCUCCUCGAAACUCUUGAACAAUAUAACAACUACGCUGCUUUCUUGGGAUGGGUGCUUUAUAUCACUGGACUUGUCUAUAUUGCUGCACUCGUUUGUUACGGAUUCGGAAAACAGGCAGUGGGAUCUGGUAUCCCGGAAGUCAAAGUAAUCAUUCAUGGUUUCCAACUGAAAAACUAUUUGUCUGGAAAAACUUUGAUUGCGAAAAUGAUUGGACUGACGUUAACGAUUGGAUCUGGAUUACCAGUUGGUAAAGAAGGACCAUUCGUGCAUAUCGGAGCUAUCGUCGCUUCUCUUCUGAAUAAAGUGACUGCUGCUUGUCAAUACAAUGCAUUCUUCUCAAAUGAAGGUCGUGCUAUGGAAAUGUUGAGUAUCGGAUGCGCUGUCGGAAUCGCUUGUACUUUCUCGGCACCAAUGGGAGCUGUACUCUACGGUAUCGAAUCCACAUCGAAAUAUUUUGCCGUCAAGAACUACUGGAGAUCCUUUUUCGCCACAACUUGUUCUGCAAUGCUCUUCCGUUUUGCUAUUGCUUUCUUCGUUCCUCAACAUAUUGCCGGAACAAUUACUGCUUACUAUCAAACUUAUUUCCCCAACGAAGUAUUUGUCGUCGAGGAACUUCCAUUCUUCAUUGGUCUCGGAAUUAUGACUGGUCUUCUCGGAGCUCUCUUCGUUUAUUACCAUCGUAGAAUCGCAUUCUUCAAACGACGAAACCGUAUUUUCCAGGCUCUUUUCGGAAAAAGCCCAAUCUUGUUCACCGUCUGCUGUACUGCUAUCUUCGCCGUUCUCGUCUAUCCAAAUGGUCUUGGAAGUUACGUGGCUGGAAAGUAUACAUUCCGUGAAACUCUUGUCGAUUUCCUCUCAAAUUGUACCCUCUCGAAAACAACGAAUGGAUCAGACGGAUGUCCUCCACACGUAUUGGAACAUUGGUCCGGUCCAGAAGGAGAUAUGAAUCCAAUCAAUUCUCUUCUCAUUUAUUUCCUUUUCUAUUUUAUCAUCGUACCAAUUUGUAUCACUUUGUACAUACCAUCCGGAAUCUUCGUUCCAUGUUUCGUCAUCGGAGCUUGUGGUGGAAGAAUAUUCGGAGAAAUCAUUUCAAUGGCAUGGCCUCACGGACUUCGUGGACUUGGACAACCACAGAUUUAUCCGGGAUUGUAUGCAGUGGUUGGUGCUGCUUCGUUCACUGGAUCCGUUACUCACUCGCUUUCAAUCGCUCUCAUUGUCUGUGAAACUACUGGACAAUUGUGUGCUCUCCUCCCAGUGCUCAUCGCUCUUAUGAUCUCAAAUGCUAUCUGUGCUUUCCUUCAACCUUCUAUUUAUGAUUCGAUCAUCAAAAUUAACGGAUAUCCAUACCUUGCCGAUUUGCCACCUUCUCGUAUGAGUGUGCAUCAAAUGAAAGUGGAAAGAAUUAUGGUAAAAGACAUGUACUACAUCACGCGUGAAACCACUUACCGUGAGCUUCGCGAAAUGCUUCUGGAGACUCCAACUCUUCGAUCGUAUCCAUUUGUAACGGACUCUCGAUCGAUGACUCUUCUUGGAUCCGUUGCUCGCAAAUAUCUUUUGUAUCUGAUUCAACGAAAACUUGGACCAGAGCCAGAACUUUUCGGACAUCGUCGUAGAAGUCGCACCGCAUCGGAAAUCUUCAGCACGAUCCACAACUUAAGAAAGUAUUCUAGACGUGGUUCUCUCGCUGCAAACGGAGGUCAUAUGUCUUCUGGAAACGCCCUCAUGACUGAUAGAAACAUUUCUGGAAACACUCUUCUUCCACAAUCUCCACUUCAUGAAGAUCAGGGAGAUCGCAGUCCACUGGCCCCUCUUCUCUACGCCCAAACCAACCAACACGAGCCAAUUGUGCAUUCGUUGGCAAAGAGAGCUGAAAUUCUUUCGAAGAAAUUGGAUAUGGAGGAAGUGGCAAUCGAUCCAGCACCAUUCCAAUUAGUUAGAGGAACUUCUCUUUACAAGGUGCACACACUCUUCUCUCUUCUUGCUCUCAAUCACGCAUAUGUUACUGAAAAAGGACGUCUUGUUGGAGUAGUUGCCGUUAAAGAACUUCGUGAAGCCCUCAGCAACAUCUACAGUCGAGGAGCCGUCGUGCCACGUCCAAGAAUCCGAACAUCGACUUUCCGUCUCAAUCCUGAUCAAGAUUUGGAACAACAAUUAAUGAAUGGCCAAAUGAAUGGUGAAAACACUGUCGACGCAACGACUGUCCGUACUCAACGUGUCACAAUCGAAACCCCAGAUGCUGCUGACGACGAGGAAAAAAGAAACAACUGA